CCGGAUGUUCCGCUGUUGAUGAGCUUCAGGUGUUGCAGAACGCUGAUCCGAAGAAGGAAGCUGUAAACAUUUUUUUGAGAGGUUACGGCCGAGAUGAGCGUGCCAGACUACAUGCAAUGUGCCGAGGACCACCAGACGGUACUUGUGGUGGUCCAGCCGGUCGGCAUAGUGCCGGAGGACCAGUUCUUCAAGAUCUACAAACGAAUCUCCAGCGUGAGCCAGGUGAGCAUCAGGGACUCGCAGCGCCUCCUCUACAUCCGCUACCGCCACCACUACCUGCCGGAAAACAACGAGUGGGGGGACUUCCAGACGCACCGCAAGGUGGUGGGUCUCAUCUCUAUCACCACCUGCGCUUCGGCCAAAGAGUGGCCCCAGACCGCGGAGCGCUUCCACGCCCAGAAGGAGGUGUACAGCUCCACGCUGUACGAUUCCCGCCUGCUGGUUUUCGGGCUGCAGGGAGAUAUCGCGGAGCAGCAGCGGACGGACGUGGCCUUCUACCCCAGCUUCGAAGACUGCCCCGACGUGGAGAAGAGAGUGGACGACUUUGUGGAGUCAAUAUUUAUUGUUCUGGAGUCCAAGCGGCUCGACCGGGCCACGGACAAGUCAGGUGACAAGAUCCCGCUGCUCUGUGUGCCCUUUGAGAAGAAGGACUUUGUGGGUUUGGACACGGACAGCAGGCAUUAUAAAAAGCGUUGCCAGGGGCGGAUGAGGAAGCAUGUCGGGGACCUGUGUCUCCAGGCAGGCAUGCUGCAGGACGCCCUCGUCCACUACCACAUGGCCGUGGAGCUGCUCAGGGGUGUGAAUGACUUCCUCUGGCUGGGGGCUGCGUUGGAGGGUUUGUGUUCAGCCUCCGUUAUAUUCCACUACCCCGGAGGCACAGCGGGGAAGACCGCAGGACGAAAGCCGAGCAUCUCCCAGCCGGCGGACGCAGGGAAACGCCACAGGCCAGGAGCUCAGGAGGUUCUCAUUGACCCAGGCGCCCUCACGGCCAACGGCAUCAGCGCCGACACCAGCACCGAGAUCGGGAGAGCGAAGAACUGCCUGAGUCCCGAGGACAUUAUCGAGAAGUACAAAGAGGCCAUCUCCUACUACGGAAAGUAUAAGAACGCCGGCGUCAUCGAGCUGGAGGCCUGUGUGAAAGCGGUCCGUGUGCUGGCCAUUCAGAAGAGGGCGAGGGAGGCCUCCGAGUUCCUGCAGAACGCCGUUUACAUCAACCUGGGACAGCUCUCGGAGGAGGAGAAGAUCCAACGCUACAGCAUCCUGUCCGAGCUCUACGAGCGGAUCGGCUUCCAUCGCAAGUCGGCGUUCUUCAAGCGCGUGGCGGCCAUGCAGUGCGUGGCCCCCACCAUCCCGGAGCCCGGCUGGAGGGCCUGCUACAAGCUGCUGCUGGAGACGUUGCCCGGAUACAGCCUGUCGCUUGACCCCAAGGACUUCAGCAAAGGUACCCACCGAGGCUGGGCUGCGGUUCAGAUGCGCCUCCUGCACGAGCUGGUGUACGCCUCCCGCCGCAUGGGCAACCCCGCCCUGUCUGUGCGCCACCUGUCCUUCCUGCUGCAGACCAUGCUGGACUUCCUGUCUGAUCAAGAGAAGAAAGAGGUGACCCAGAGUCUGGAGAACUACACGUCCAAGUGUCCCGGGGGAAUGGAGGUCAUCACGCUCCCUGACGGCCUGAAGCUUCCUCCGGUGGCCUUCACCAAGCUCCCCAUCGUCCGAUCGGUGAAGCUCCUCAACCUGCCCGUCAGCCUGCGUCCUCACAAGGUGAAAGGCCUGCUGGGACAGAACAUGUCCACUGCCAGCCCGUUCAUCUACUCGCCAAUCAUCAUGCACAACAGAGGAGAGGAGCGCUGCAAGAAGAUCGACUUCCAGUGGGUUCAAGGAGACGUUUGUGAAGUGCAGCUCAUGGUCUACAACCCCAUGCCUUAUGAACUUCGUGUGGAGAACAUGGGUUUGCUGACAUCCGGAGUGGAGUUCGAGUCCCUGCCCGCUGCGCUGUCCCUGCCCGCGGAGUCUGGCCUGUACCCCGUCACCCUGGUGGGCGUUCCACGAACAGCCGGCAACAUCACCGUCACCGGCUACCACACGUCGGUGUUUGGCGUGACCAGUGAUUGCCUGCUGGAGGGCCUGUCCAGCGUGAAGACCAGCGGCUCUCUGGUGGAGGUCAUUCCCUCGCUGCCUCGUCUGCAGCUCAGCACGUCGCUGCCACGGUCAGCCCACACGUCUCAGCCGACGUCCAAAGAGGAACUGUCCAGCAGCGUGUCCGUCCAGCUUUUUAAUGGAGAGACCCAGCAGCUGACCCUCACCUUGGAGAACAUUGGAUCGGAGGACAUCGAGUCUCUGGAGCUCACCUCUAAGAUUGUCAGCACCAAAGAGAAAGUGUUCGGGGAGUUUCUGAGCUGGGAGCUGGAGGAUGCUUUGUCUCGCCUGCCUCUAAAGUCCGGCCAGGCCGUGACGCUGACUGUCAACAUCAAAGUCAAGCUGGACUUCUCCGGCCAGGAGAGCCUGCUGCAGGACCUCAAUGACGAUGGGCUGAGCGUGACGGGCCUGCCGAUCUCCAGUCCGCUGAGACAGCUCCUCAAACCCCGGCCGGAGAACAAGACGUUCGGCAGCGAGUCCGGCAAGGCGGAGUACAGCCACAUCAAGACUUUGGAAGCGGUUCUGAACUUCAAGUACUCGGGGGGAGCGGGCAAAGUGGAGGGCUACCACCGGGAGCUGUCGUUGGGAGUGCACGUCGACGUGGAGCCGUCGGUUUUCUUCACCAGAGUCAACACCCUCCCUGCAACCAGCACCCGCCAGUGUCACCUGCUGCUCGACAUCUUCAACCCCACCGAGCACGAGCUCUCGGUCAGCGCCGAGAACAACCAGGACCUGGUUCUCCACGCCAGCGAGUGUCAGAGGAUGGCCAUCCAGGUUGACAAGUUUGACUUUGAGAGUCUGCCACAGCCGGACCAGGAGACGGCUCGCUUCACUAACCCCAAACAGCUGGAGGAGGAGCGACAGUACGCCCAGGGCUCCCAGAUCAACAGCAAGCUGGGCAUCUGCUGGAGCAUCCCUUCCCUGCGGCGCCGCGGAGAAGCCAGCGUGGAGGGAGUCCUCAACCAGCUGGUCCUGGAGCACCUUCAGCUCGCUCCGUUGCAGUGGGACGUGCUGGUGAACGGGAAGCCGUGUGACUGCGACGUCAUCGCCGACUGCAAAGCGGGCGACGCCGUGGCCCUGGAGGUGCAGCUGACCAACCGGAGCAAGAACUCUGUGGGGCCCCUGGCUCUGACCGUGGUGCCGUACCAGGACUUCCAGAACGGCGUGCAGAACUACGACUUGGGGGACGCGGUCACCUUCAUCGGCUCCAACACCUUCUUCAUUGACGCGGUUAAACCCAAAGAAAGCUCCGUCUGUGUCGGCGCCCUGCUCUUCCUCUACCCUGGAGACUUCUACCUGAAUAUCAAGUUCCAGGACGACAGUGCCGGACGGGAGCUUCCUUUGGCCUGGUUCACUCUGCCCAGUGUCCACAUCCGAGCCCUGGACGCUCAGCCACUGGCCGGAGCCUGAGGGCCUGAGGGGGGGGGGACUUCAUCAGUCUGGCUCUGACAAGUGAAGGAGGGGGGAGUUUUGUUUAUGUUGUUCUCUGUAAAUACAGCAUUCUUGUGAAUUGAAUCACAUGUAAAUAUCAUUUUUCUUAAAGUUUGGAGCAUGUGCACAGUGCACAAAAUCACACGGACACACUCCUGCACACGGUCAGGGAUCAGAAACUAGCCGUUUCUCUUUGUUGAUGAACACAUCUCAAAGGCUCGCAUCCUUAAAUCAUUUAAUUUCAGUGGAAUCGAUAGCCAACGGCCACUGAGCUUCGAGGGGAAAUCUUUUUCCACACAAUCAAUGUGAGACGGGAAAAACAUGCGCUGAAAUAAUGUGUUUUACUUUUUCUUUUUUCAUUUUAGCUAGCUAGCUUGCUAACCGCUAGUUAGCUAACUUGCUAUCCGCUAGCUAGCUGCCAGCUAACCGCUAGUUAGCUAGCUGCCAGCUAGCUAGACUAGUCAUCACCGAGUGGUAGCCGGGGAAGGAAAAGCAAGUCGUUACCGAGCUUCUAGUUUGCUUUCUUACGCAACCGAGAAUUAAUAUCAUUGUCUCUGUUCUCAUCUUUAGCGUUUAGCCAUUUCUUCAGUAGAUAAUUUUGUUACCUUGCAGUUUAAAUAGCAAAAUAUCUACUGAAAGGAAAUAAAAUCGUGUUACUACAAACCAACACUGGAAAUAUGACGUUGCCAGAAACUAUAGCUAAUUAUGCACAUAUCAUAUCUAUUUAUUUCUACUGCUGUAUUGGAUAUUUUCACUCACUGAAUUACUGAUUCUUCCGAUCGUCAUAGAUUAGCCUAUCUUCAUGUGUGACACAUAAUUCCUGUGAAUAAAAUUCAACCUGUGUAUAUUUUGA